GUGAAGUUGUUUGUUAUCUUGCCUUUGCUUGCCUGCUGUUGACUAGGUACUGAUAAGAUUAUUCUUGAGGAGCCUUGUCGUAUUAUACUGUAUAAAAUUAAUAAAGGCAGAGGUAAAAAGUCAACAAAAAUGUUGUCCUCUAGAUUACCUCGCUUAGGAGUUUUGGUAAAAAAUGUAAGUGCUCGGUUACUGGCUACGCAAUCCACGCCGCAGCUGGAUAGCACAGGGCUUGUGGUAUUCCAAAAGCUGACCGGGGCCGACCGCGGCAUCGCCGUCUACGGCCUCAACAGUCCCAAGGACCGGAACGCCUUAGGGUUCGACUUGAUCAAGGCUAUGAAGGAAGUGAAUCAAUUGCUACGCGAGGAUACUAAGAUAUCUGUCGUUAUACUGCACAGUUUUGUACCAGGGAUAUUUUGUGCUGGUGCAAAUUUGAAAGAGAGGUUCAAAAUGUCUGAUGAGGAGGUGGCAUCAUUUGUGCGUGGCCUUCGAGGCACUUUCAUUGAAGUGGAAGAUCUCCCAAUGCCCACCAUCGCAGCAGUAGAAGGAGUCGCCGUAGGGGGCGGGCUGGAGCUGGCGCUGGCCUGCGACAUCCGGGUGGCGGCCGACACUGCCAAGCUGGGCCUCGUGGAGACCGGCAGGGGACUCAUUCCUGGUGCAGGUGGCACUCAAAGGUUACCCAGAACUGUCCAUCUCAAUAUUGCCAAAGAAUUAAUAUUUACAUCGAGAGUAGUUAAUGGCAAAGAAGCAAAAGAAUUUGGGUUAGUGAACCAUGUUGUGCCACAGAACAGCAACAAUAAUGCUGCUUUUGAAAAGGCACUCAGUUUAGCGAGGGAGAUCAUUCAUAAUGCACCUAUAGCACUGCGGUGUGCCAAGCAAGCUAUUAAUGAGGGCAUCCAGCUCACGAUCAAAGACGGUUAUGAGGUGGAGCAGAAGUUCUAUGAGGUCAACAUUCCAACCAAGGAUAGACAGGAGGGGAUGAUCUCUUUUAUAGAAAAAAGGAAACCUGUUUAUGAGGGUCACUGAGGAACCAGGGUUGCCUUAUUAUUACUACUACUGUACACAUCAACAUUAUGUAAUAAGAUAGGCCUGUGUAGAUAAUAUUAAUAUUCUGUGGCUGUUGUUAUGUGGUAAUCUUAUCACAAUGUUGUUAUAAAAUUGUUCCAAUUUAUAUUUUGAUAUUUUUGGAUGCCAUUUUCUGGAUGAGGGUUUACAAAUAUUUACUUUA